CUUGAAGCGGGAACAGAAACCAAGUUCUGUAUGAGUCUUCUGCAGCCCGACGAGCCUCUGGUCAUUAAAGUCACACUGAACUCUGGAGAAGAAGAGAUAACCCUCCUCGAGUUACCAUCCAGCGUGGAGUUUCACCGAUGCUUCAAGUUUCAGGUACCAAUGGUGCAGGGUAGCCAGCUCACAAACUUCAAGGUGGUGGUUAACGGAAACUGGUUUGAUUCAGAGGAAGUCAGGAAAGUCAGGAUUGUAGCCUUUCGACCCAUGACCUUCAUCCAGACGGAUAAACCCCUGUACCUGCCAGGUCAAACAGUUCAUUUCAGAGUCGUCACCCUGGACUCCACAUUCAGAGCUGCCAGUCAGCGGUACGACACCAUUGAAAUCAGGGAUUCAAACGAGAACCGGGUUGGCCAAUGGCUGAACACCACAUCUAAUGGGUCAAUAUUGCAGCUGUCUUACCCUUUAAACUCUGAAGCUCGUGAAGGAAGUUACAGGGUCAUUGUUUGGAACAAUGGAUGGAAUGAAAAUCACCACUUCAAGGUGGAGAAAAUGAUUUUGCCCAAAUUUGAUGUAACAGUGAAGGCGCCUGAUGAAAUAAGCAUUGGACAGGAUCAAAUCGAAGUGGAAGUCUGUGCAAAAUACACAUUUGCGCGACCUGUGCCAGCCAGUGUUGAACUUAAUAUGUGCCGACCUCUGAAUCCAGAAGUUCAACUCAAAAUCACAACAGAGCCGUGCUACAUGAAGACUAAGCAGGCAGAGAAGAAUGGCUGUGCCAGGUUUAAUUUUGAGAUGUCAACCUUCACAAAACUGGGCUCACAGGCAACUCUGGAUAAACUGAACAUCUUUGCUAAAGUGAUAGAGGAGGGAACAGGUAUUUCCCGCAUAAAGUUGAAAGUUAUAAAGCUUUCUCAUGUUGUUGGAAAGCUGUCAUUCAUCGACACACCCACGUUUCUUAAUGAAGGAUCAGUAGUGGAAGGAAAAGUUAAAGUCGUUGCCUUCAAUAAUGAACCUGUGCCUGACAUGCUGGUGCAUUUGUGGCAUCAUGAUGCUUGGGGUAAUGCAACUCUGCUUCAGAACCUCACAACUGACAGCCAUGGUAUCGCUACUUUCACAUUAAAUACAACCAACUACGAUGACCCAAUCGAACUAAGAGCAAGCAUCGAACAAGGCGGAGACCAAAACCAUCUCUCCAGAAUGCCUCAUUAUGAGAGUGCAAGACACACUUUAUUAUAUAUAUAUAUAUUACUGCCGCCGCCGCCGCCGCCACUGCCGCUGCCGCUGCCACUGCCGCUGCCACUGCCGCUGCCUCCACAUAAAACUAAAUCAUUCAGCUCUCUGGAGGUGAAGCAGAAGGUGGAACAACUUCACUGUGACAAAGAGGAGAACUUUUCUAUUUUCUACACUUUGGUGGGAGAGACUCGAGCUGCAGUGGAUGUGAUGUAUCUGGUCUUAUCCAGAGGAAACAUUGUCAUACAAGGACAUCAAAAGAUGGACGUGCACAAUGACUCUGUCACUGAAGGCGAGAUAUCCUUAACGUUGAAAGUCACUCCAGACUUUUCACCUAAUUUCCACGUUGUGGCUUACAUGGUCCUCCCUAAUGAGAUCGUGAUUGCCGACAGUGCAGAAUUCCGUACUGAGAAAUGCUUCAGCAAUAAGGUAUCCUUGGGGUUCUCUCCAGCUUCAGCUAUUCCAGGUGAGGAAGUCACCCUGCAGGUGUCGGCUGAUCCGGGCUCCCUGUGUGGUGUCAGCGCUGUCGACCAGAGCGUCCUCAUCGAGGAGCCUGGAAAAACUCUGGAUACAGACAAGAUAUUUCAUUUGUUGCCUGACAAAUCAACUUUCAUCACUGAUGAAGAUGAUGAACCGUGUUUAAUUGUGGGACCCAGAAGAUCUAAAAAUAGACACAGAAGACACAGCAGUGAAAGCGGUGGUUUUCCAGUUUUUAAGAGACUGGGCCUGAAGGUGGUGACAAAUAUGUACACCAAGCUACCAUCAUGCCUGAACUUCAAAGGGAAAAAAUACUACGACAGUAAUUCCUGUCUAGUUUAUGGUCGCAGUAAAUCGGACAUUGGAAGUUCAGAAAGAAGUGGUCUGAUGUGGGAGAAUAGGAUCCGUACUUUCUUCCCAGAGACCUGGAUAUGGAACCUGGUGGAGGUUAGAGAGUCUGGAUCAACAGAAUUGUCCCUGACCGUCCCCGACACCAUCACCACCUGGGAGACAGAGGCUUUCUGCUUGUCCCCGCAGGGUUUCGGCUUGGCUCCCCGAGAGACGCUCACAGCCUUCCAGCCCUUCUUCCUCAAGCUCAGCCUGCCGUACUCCAUCAUCCGAGGGGAGAACUUUGAGCUGAAGGCGACUGUCUUCAACUACCUGUCCAGCUGCAUCAUGGUCACUGUCAGACCAGCGUCCUCCUCGGACUACACCCUCACCCCUCUCUCCGGGGAACAGUACACUUCCUGUCUUUGCGCUACUGACCGCAAAACUUUCAGCUGGACCAUGUCCCCCUCAGCCUUAGGUGUUGUAAAUGUGACCGUGUCUGCCGAGGCGGUGGCGUCCCAUGCGCCAUGUGACAAUGAGAUUGUGAGUGUGCCAGACAGAGGUCGCAUUGAUGAGGUCACAAGAUCCCUGAUAGUUAAGGCCGAGGGAACGGAGAAGACCAAAACCUACAACUGGCUGCUCUGUCCAAAUGGAGAGGCUCUGUCGGAGGAAGUGGAGCUGCAGCUACCAGAGAAUGUGAUCCCUGGAUCUUCUCGAGCUUCGCUGUCUGUGCUGGGUGACAUCCUGGGCCGGGCCCUGAAGAACCUGGAUGGACUCCUGGAGAUGCCGUACGGAUGUGGAGAGCAGAACAUGGCUCUCCUGGCCCCAAAAAUCUACAUUCUUGAGUACCUGAAGACGACACGGCAGCUGACCCCAGCCAUCAAGGAGAAGGCUGCAAACUUCCUGACCAGUGGCUACCAGAGGCAGCUAAACUACAAGCACGUUGAUGGUGCCUACAGCACGUUUGGAGAAGGAGAAGGGAACACCUGGCUGACUGCUUUCGUGCUGAGAUCCUUUGUUAAAGCGAGAGCGUUCGUAUUCAUUGACACAGCAAAUAUUGGAGAGUCAAAGACUUGGCUGGAGAACAAACAACGAGAAAAUGGCUGCUUUGAACAGUCAGGAAAACUCUUUCCAAGUGCAAUGGAGGGCGGCGUGUCUGAUGAAGUGACGCUCAGUGCUUACAUCACCGCAGCCUUUCUGGAAGUAAACAUGCCGGUAACUAAUAUUGUAGCACAAAGAAGCUUGUCCUGCCUCAAGGAGUCCAUCGGUAACCUGAGCAGCAACUAUACCACGGCUCUGCUGGCGUACGUCUUCACCCUGGCAGGAGACAUGGAGACCCGAGCCCUCCUCCUGAAGCACCUCGACACAGUGUCCAUACAGCAGGGUGACACCCUUCACUGGUCUCAGGGAGAGACCGACGCAUCGACCUCGAUGUCUGUGGAGAUCAGCUCUUAUGUGCUGCUGGCCAUACUCAGCGCUUCACCUACAGCUGAGGACCUUGGAUACUCCACCCGUAUUGUGAAAUGGCUCACAGGGCAGCAGAAUGAGUAUGGAGGCUUCUCCUCCACACAGUAUUCAGUCCAGGAGGAUCCAGCACCGUGACGGUCCAGUCUCCCAGCGGCCCGCUGACGUUUGAUGUGAACCCCAACAACAAGCUGCUCUACCAGGAGGAGGCGCUGACAGACGUGAGGGGAGCGUACAGCCUGGAG